UCUCCUGCUUUUUCCGAGGGCAGAAAACGAAGCGAUAGAGCGAGGCUGCUGUCUCACUCUCACGGCGGCGGCGGUGGCAGUUCGGGCUCAAGACUCCAGAGAUGGCCGGCGCGGGAGGCGGCGUGGUGCGCGACGUGGAGGCGCUGGACGGCGUGCGCUCCAUCGUGCUGAAGCCUUCGGAGUCGAUCGACGAGUCCCGCUUCACGAGGAUCGCCGGCGCCGACUUCAACGACCCCGGGCUCGGGCUCGAGGGCCUGCUCGGGUCGUUCGCGUCCACGGGAUUCCAGGCGUCCAACCUCGGAGACGCCAUCGACGUCGUCAACCAGAUGUUAGAUUGGAGGUUGUUGCAUGAGAAGCCUGGUGAAGAUUGCGAUGAAGCUGAACUUGACCCCAAAUACAGAGAAUCUGUGAAGUGCAAGAUAUUUCUGGGCUUCACUUCAAACCUUGUGUCUUCUGGCAUCCGGGAUAUAAUCCGAUUUCUAGCUCAGCAUCGCAUGGUGGAUGUUAUUGUUACAACUGCUGGGGGUAUAGAGGAGGAUCUCAUUAAAUGUCUUGCACCAACUUAUAGAGGUGAUUUUUCUUUACCUGGAGCACUACUGCGGUCAAAAGGAUUGAACCGGAUAGGAAAUCUGUUGGUGCCCAAUGAUAACUAUUGCAAGUUUGAGAACUGGAUCAUGCCACUAUUUGACCAGAUGCUACUAGAACAAUCUACCGAGAAUGUUUGGACACCGUCAAAGGUGAUAGCUCGUCUUGGCAAAGAAAUAAAUGACGAAAGCUCCUAUCUUUAUUGGGCAUACAAGAAUAACAUUCCUGUAUACUGCCCAGCAUUGACUGAUGGAUCACUUGGAGACAUGCUGUUCUGUCACGCAGUCCGCAAUCCUGGGCUUAUUAUUGACAUUGUACAAGAUAUACGGUUGAUGAAUGGGGAAGCCAUCCAUGCAACGCCAAGGAAGACAGGGAUAAUAGUUCUUGGUGGAGGCCUUCCAAAGCAUCAUAUAUGCAAUGCUAAUAUGUUCCGCAAUGGAGCAGACUAUGCAGUCUAUAUUAACACAGCCCAAGAGUUUGAUGGUAGUGAUUCAGGAGCACAACCUGAUGAAGCAGUUUCAUGGGGAAAGAUCAAGGGUUCAGCGAAACCUGUAAAGGUGCAUUGUGAUGCAAGUAUUGCUUUCCCGCUUCUGGUUGCCGCGACAUUUGCACGUAAGGAUCACGGAUCCAAAUCAACAAACUGAAUCUCUGGCAGUGAGCUAUGGAUCUCCAGCUGAAUUUUCAUGAACUCUCCAAAUGAUUGUUUGAUGCACGAGACCUGAACAACUAUGGAUUACGCAUAAGGUUGUUGGCAUGAUAGUGCCACCAUUCUUCCAUGUACACUUAUGUUGUAGUUGGCUGGUAGCAAUUUUUUGUUGCAAAGAAUAAUAUAUGGAAAUACAGGCGUACAAUUUGUUCAUCCGAGUCA